AGACACACCUGGAUGUUUCGGUCAAGAAAGGGGGACAAAGUAUGAACGUAAGCGAUGAUGAUGAUGAGGAUGAUGAAGGUACAUCACUCGCAGAGGAUGAGAGCGAGCUUGGGAAGGACUGUUAGCCGCCUGGUCCUGCUGAGCCUGUGGGCGGCGUCGUUGGGGGCCGGGCUGGCCGGUGCCCACGUCUGCCCAGAGGGCUGCUCCUGCAGUAACCAGUUCAGCAAAGUCAUCUGUACCCGCCACGAGCUUCGGGAAGUGCCCGCCAGCAUCUCCACCAACACCCGCUACCUUAACCUGCAGGAGAACGUCAUCCAGGUCAUCAAGGCCGACACCUUCAAGCAACUGCGUCACCUGGAAAUCCUACAGCUCAGCAAGAACUUGAUCCGCCACAUCGAGGUGGGGGCCUUCAACGGCCUCAGCAACCUCAACACCCUCGAGCUGUUCGACAACCGAUUGACCAUGGUACCCAGCGGGGCCUUCGAGUUCCUCUCCAAGCUGCGGGAGCUGUGGCUGAGGAACAACCCCAUAGAGAGCAUCCCCUCGUACGCCUUCAACCGGGUCCAGUCUCUCCGCCGGCUGGACCUGGGGGAGCUCAAGAAGCUGGAGUACAUUUCGGACGCCGCCUUCGAGGGCUUGAUGAACCUCAGGUACCUGAACCUGGGCAUGUGCAACCUGGUGGAGAUCCCCAAUCUGACACCGCUCAGCCGCCUGGAGGAGUUGGAGCUCUCCGGGAACCGCCUGGAGAUCAUCCAACCGGGCUCGUUCCAGGGUCUGACCAGCCUCCGCAAGCUGUGGCUCAUGCACGCGCAGAUCCAGCUGAUCGAACGCAACGCCUUCGACGACUUGCAGUCGCUGGAAGAGCUCAACCUGUCCCACAACAACCUGACGUCCCUGCCCCACGACCUGUUCACCCCGCUCCACCGCCUGGACCGAGUCCACCUCAACCACAACCCCUGGCACUGCAACUGCGACGUGCUGUGGCUCAGCUGGUGGCUGAAGGAGACGGUGCCCAGCAACACCACCUGCUGCGCCCGCUGCCACUCGCCCGCCAACCUCAAGGCCCGUUACAUCGGCGAGCUGGACCAGAGUCACUUCACCUGCUACGCGCCCGUCAUCGUGGAGCCCCCGGCGGACCUGAACGUGACCGAGGGCAUGGCAGCCGAGCUGAAGUGCCGGGCGGCAACCUCUAUGACCUCGGUCAACUGGAUGACGCCCAACGGCACCCUCAUGACCCACGGCUCCUACCGGGUGCGGAUCUCGGUGCUGCACGACGGGACCUUGAACUUCACCAACGUGACCAUGCAAGACACCGGCCUGUACACCUGCCUGGUCAGCAACUCAGCCGGCAACGCCACGGCCUCCGCCACCCUGAACGUCUCGGCGGUCGACACCACCAACAGCUACAGCUACUUCACCACCGUCACCGUGGAGACGGUCGAGGUGGUGGACGAGCCCAAGGGGGCCGAGUUCGAGCCGGGACCCACGCCCUCGGGAGGCUGGGACGCCUCCUACUCUACCACCUCGCUGGCCCCUCGCAGCACGAGGACCACCGAGAGGGUCUUCACGGUGCCCAUCACCACCGAGGUGAUGGACAACAUCAUGGCCGGGUUGGACGACGUGAUGAAGACCACCAAGAUCAUCAUCGGCUGCUUCGUGGCCAUAACCUUCAUGGCUGCCGUCAUGCUCAUCAUCUUCUACAAGCUGCGGAAGCAGCACCAGCUCCACAAGCACCACGGGCAGGCCAGGACAAUCGAGAUCAUCAACGUGGAGGAGGACCUGGGCGAGCCCACCACCGGGGACAACUGCCUGGCCCUCCCCGCCGUGGAGCACGGGCCCCUCAACCACUACACGGCCUACAAGGCCCACUACAACAACAACACCAGCGCCCUGAACUGCACUAAGAACCCGCUGCACAAUUCCGUCCACGAGCCCUUGCUCUUCAAGUCCAGCUCCAAGGAGAACGUGCAGGAGACGCAGAUCUGAGCUCUCACCUGUGCGCGGUUUCGAGGCAAUGGUUCUUUCCGACGGGACCCGACCACCCACCUCCAUGCCACCCCCC